GAUCUUUGUUCUUCCCAAAAGCCGAGGUUAUAUCUUAUAAUACAAAGAGGGUUUCGUGAACUAUCUGACAAAAAACUAAAAAAAGACAGAAUCGAUACUUUUUCCAAAAAUUUCACCGCAGAAACUGUCGGGAAGCAAAGAUUAUCAUCUUUUUGUUUUGGAGUCUCCGUAAAGAAGGUGUCUUUUGUAUCCUUUCUGGGUUUUAUAAGAUCAGAUCAAAAGGCUCCAUCUUUUCAUCUCUCAACAACAUCUGAGAGGGAGAGAGGGGGAUAGGGAGAGAGGGAGAGAGAGAGAGAGAGAGGAUGUUAGAAGGGAAGGCAAUGGUUGAAGACACAGACAUGCCGUUGAAGAUGCAGAUGCAAGCAAUGGCAUUUGCGUAUCAAGCUCUAGAUCUUUUCGAUGUGGUUGACUGCAAAUCCAUCGCUGGCCACAUCAAGAAGGAAUUUGAUGAGAGGUACGAAAGUGGAUGGCAAUGUGUGGUGGGAUCAAAUUUUGGGUGUUUCUUCACACAUUCCAAAGGGACUUUCAUCUAUUUCCAACUGGAGACCCUCAAGUUUCUCAUCUUCAAAGGGGCUUCUACCCCCUAGAACCUGCAGGGGUCUGUUUGUUUCCCGAGAAAGUUUCAGGAGGAAAAACGAAACUGAAAAGUCCUCAAUCGAUCGAAUCAACAUCUCUUUUUCUGGUUUCUGAUUGUAGAAUUGAAGUAGCUGUGAUGGGUUAGGAGCUGUUUUCUUCUUCUAAUCUUAGGUGUGUGUUUUUUUUGUAGAUAGAUGCUGAUGAUCCAAAGACUCUAGAGGUUUUUUUUCCAAUAAAUUGUGAAGUCUUUGUUUCUGCUU